UCGACACGAGAGAACUCGCUGGUGAGAGAGACAACACAUCUCUCUGAAACGAAGCGAGUUAUUUGUUUCAGACAAAACUACUGCUGCAUUAUCGAAGACGAAAAGCAUGUCUACUUCCCGUACAAUUAUAUGUUUAUUGAGAAACGACUUGCGUCUCCACGACAACGAGCUUUUCCAUUGGGCUCAAAGAAAUGCAGAGUACAUUGUUCCACUGUACUGCUUCGACCCCAGACAUUAUGCGGGAACAUACAACUACAACCUCCCAAAGACUGGGCCUUUCCGCCUGCGCUUCUUACUGGAGAGUAUCAGAGACCUCAGAAACACACUGCUCAACAAGGGCAGCAACCUGGUGGUGAGACGGGGUAAGCCAGAGGAUGUUGUUGCCGAGCUCAUCAAGCAACUGGGCUCUGUCAGCACGGUGGCUUUCCAUGAAGAGGUAACAUCAGAGGAGCUGAAUGUUGAGAAAAAGGUGAAGGAUGUCUGUGCACAGAUGAAGGUCAAAGUUCACACCUGCUGGGGGUCCACACUGUACCACAGAGAUGAUCUUCCAUUUCAUCACAUAUCUAGCCUCCCUGAUGUGUACACUCAGUUCAGGAAGGCAGUGGAAACCCAGAGCAUGGUGAGGCCUGCGUUUCCAACACUCGAGCAGUUAAAACCUCUUCCUUCAGAGCUCGAGGAAGGAGCCGUUCCCACAGCACAGGAGCUGCAACAGACAGAGCCGUUGACUGAUCCUCGCUCAGCCUUCCCCUGUAGUGGUGGUGAAAGUCAGGCUCUGGCCAGACUCAAACACUAUUUUUGGGAUACUGAUGCAGUUGCAACUUACAAGGAGACUCGUAAUGGCUUGAUCGGUGUAAACUAUUCCACUAAAUUUGCACCUUGGCUGGCGAUGGGUUGCAUUUCACCCAGGUACAUUUAUCACCAGAUCAAGCAGUACGAGAGGGAGCGGACAGCCAAUCAGAGCACAUACUGGGUGAUUUUUGAACUUUUGUGGAGGGAUUACUUCAAGUUUGUGGCUGUCAAGUAUGGGAACAGACUAUUUCAGCUCAAAGGACUUCAAGACAAAUCUGUGCCACGGAAAAAGGACAUGAAGCUUUUCAAUGCAUGGAAAGAUGGAAGAACAGGAGUGCCCUUUGUGGAUGCCAACAUGAGAGAGUUGGCGAUGACAGGUUUCAUGUCCAACAGGGGGCGGCAAAAUGUUGCCAGCUUCCUCACAAAGGAUCUGGGCCUGGACUGGAGGAUGGGAGCAGAGUUGUUUGAAUACCUUCUGAUUGACCACGAUGUCUGCAGCAACUAUGGCAACUGGUUAUACAGCGCUGGUAUAGGAAAUGACCCCAGAGAGAACAGGAAAUUUAACAUGAUCAAACAAGGCCUCGACUAUGACAAUAAUGGUGACUACGUCCGGCAGUGGGUUCCAGAGUUGCAGGGGAUCAGGGGAGCUGAUGUGCACACACCUUGGACCCUCAGCACUGCUGCGCUGUCACAUGCUCAUGUGUCCCUUGAUGAGACCUACCCCACCCCCAUCGUCAUGGCGCCUGAAUGGAGUAGACACGUUAACAAGAAAUCAGGCGGCACAGGGCCUUCACCCAGAGGAAAGAGAGGCCCAUCUCACACUCCCAAACAGCAUCGUGACCGAGGCAUAGAUUUCUAUUUCUCCAGGAGCAAAAAUCUGUGAUCUGCCUCAAAGCAAACACUAAAGACGCGAUGAUGCUCAGAGGAUGGAAGUUCCUGUGAUGCCAACCUGGACUGUUGCUGUACGAUCUGUGUUGCACACUGAGGUGUCGAGUGAGGGAAGUUUUUUCAUGAGGAUUUGAGGAAAUACAUGUUCCAACUUACACUUUAAUAGUUGAACUUGACUAAUGUACAUUUAUGCUAUCUCUCAAAAUAUGGGUUUUGUGAAGCACCUUUCAUAGACUUUCUGCUGUUUCCUGUCAUGCUGCAGCAUCAGGGAAAGCCACACCGGUUUUGUUUUAUUGGAGUGGAUCAGUCACAAUGAUCUCUUUACUUUUUGUGCAGAUUAUUUUCUUGCAGUUUUCUUACGCCGGCUUGGAUACACUCUUGUUGUUACUUUGUAUUAACUUUUAAGGUUUGCCUAUUUGUGGCAGUUGCAAAAUAAAACACGA